AUGCUCCGUCAAUCUAUGGCGCGCGCAUUCCGCAGCGCAUGCGCAUACCAGUUCUUAUCGCCGAAGCCCUCCACCCACUUCAAGGUCUCCUCACUAGCAGCUCAAACAUCACGCUCUUACAAUACCCUGCGUCCUCAACUCUUUAGCCGCUGGGCUACCUCUCUGCGCUCUCAUGUCGCACCUCUACGACAACCUCGACUCCAGUCACAACUCUCAUUCCACACACCUUCCCCGAGCAACCGGCGCACUUUCUUCUCAAGUCAUAAAUCCCCCUACCAACAAAGGCAGAACCAAUACAACCGAUUCCGAGGGAGCGCCCGACAACCUCUCGUCUUCCGCUUAGUGCAGAAUGCAAAACCGCACCACUUUGUUAUUAUUGGCGUGGGGAUAUCGGGACUGUAUCUAUACAACACGGAGAUAGUGGAGAUGACCGGUCGACGACGGUUCAACUGCGUCUCCCGCCACCAAGAGCUCAACAUGGGCGAAGAGAGUUACCGGGAGGUCCUCAAUGCCGAGCGUGGAAAGAUCCUGCCCCAUAACCAUCCUCUUACUCGCAUAGUUGAUGGUGUGCUGCAGCGGUUGAUCCCGCAAGUGGAUAUCGAGGGCGCUGAUUGGAAGGUUCAUGUUAUCAAGGAUGAUGGAAUGGUUAAUGCUUUUGUGCUUCCUGGGGGAAAGGUAUUCGUCUACACGGGUAUAUUGCCCAUUUGCAAAGAUGAGGAUGGCUUGGCUGCUGUGCUGGGACAUGAGAUUGCUCACGUCGUGGCCCAUCAUCCCGCAGAGCGUAUGAGCAACAGUUUCAUUACACUAGGAGCUGUGUUCGCUAUCUCUUUCUUGUUCGAUGUCUCCGGGCAGUUUUCUUCUUUCCUUUUAAACCUCAUGUAUAGCUUGCCAAACUCGCGGACGCAAGAGGCUGAAGCAGACAAUAUCGGGCUAAUGAUGAUGUCCAAAGCCUGUUUCAACCCUGAGGCUGCCGUCAAACUAUGGGCUCGCAUGCAUGAACAGGAGAAACAGGCCCCUCCACAGUUCAUGUCCACUCACCCAACGAGUUACAACCGAAUGGAAGCCAUUCAAGGAUGGCUCGACAAGGCCGAAGCAACCUACGAGGAGAAUGGGUGCAGCUCUGUUAAAGGAUACACUCCAAAAAUUGCCCGGCACAACAGCUCCAUCCACUCCAUCACAUUCAACCUAUUUGAUAUCCAGUCGCAUCUUCUUCGGGCGCGACCUAAUAUUAUGUCGCUAUCAAUUCCAGGUCCCUCCCAGGCGGGGCUCUUCAAGCCCGGGUACCAGAGCCACGAUGCUGAAGACGGAGCCGUUAUCCGUAACAUCGAAGCCUGCCAGGCUAUCUCUGGAACCGUCCAGACCUCCCUGGGCCCCUAUGGCCGCAACAAGAUCGUCAUCAACCACCUGCAAAAGAUGAUUCUGACCUCCGAUGCGGCUACUAUCCUUCGUGAGUUGGAUGUUGUUCACCCCGCUGCUAAGCUACUUGUUAUGGCGAGUCAGCAGCAGGAUGCGGAGAUGGGCGAUGGUACCAACUUGGUUAUUGUGUUGGCCGGUGAAUUGUUGAAAAAGGCAGAGGAGUUGAUCCGUAUGGGCCUCAAGACGAGUGAUAUUGUUUCUGGAUACGAGAAGGCUCAGAACUAUGCCUUGAAGGUUCUAGAGGACCUCGAGGUCGACAGACUCCAGGAAAUACGAUCGGCAACAGAAUUGAGCAAGGCUCUCCGCACAGUGGUGGCUUCUAAGCAGUCCGGUACGGAAGAUGCUUUGGCUGCGUUGGUUGCGGAGGCGGUUCUGGCUGUGUUGCCCAAGAACCCCGCUAACUUCAACGUCGACAACGUGCGAGUUGUUAAGAUCAUGGGUGGUAGCUUGGAACAGUCAAAGGUGGUGAAGGGUAUGGUCUUCCCCCGGGAGCCCGAUGGAACUAUCAAGAAGGCCACCAAGGCCAAGGUCGGCGUUUUCAGUUGCCCCAUCGAUAUCAGCCAGACCGAGACCAAGGGCACAGUUCUCCUGAAGAAUGCUCAGGAGAUGAUGGACUUCACCUCAGGUGAGGAGGAUCGUCUGGAGAUUGCCAUUAAGGAGCUCUACGAUUCCGGCCUCCGUGUGGUCGUUGCCGGCUCCACUGUUGGCGACUUGGCCAUGCACUACCUCAACCGUUUCAAUAUCCUCGUCAUUAAGAUUCUGUCUAAGUUCGAGCUCCGCCGCCUGUGCCGCGUUGUCGGCGCCACACCCCUGGCUCGUCUGGGUGCCCCCAUGCCCGAUGAGAUGGGCCAGAUCGAUGUUGUCGAGACGACCGAGAUUGGCGGUGACCGAGUGACCGUCUUCCGCCAGGAGGAUGUUAACGCCAUCACCCGCACAGCAACCAUUGUCCUGCGCGGUGCCACCCAGAACCACUUGGAGGACGUCGAGCGUGCCAUCGACGACGGCGUCAACGUUGUUAAGGCCAUCACCAAGGACCCCCGUCUCGUGCCCGGUGCCGGUGCCACGGAGAUCGAGCUCGUCGAGCGCAUCUCCAACUUCGCCGACCGAACCCCCGGUCUGCCCCAGUACGCCAUCCGCAAGUUCGCCGAGGCCUUCGAGGUCGUUCCCCGCACACUCGCCGAGUCUGCCGGUCUUGAUGCCACCGAGGUUCUCUCGCGUCUGUACACCGCACACCACCGCGCCAGUGCUCCUGGCGAGUCAUCUUCCGAGGAGGAUGAGGAGGAGGGCUCGUCUGAAGAGGAGGAACCCUACUGGACUACGGGUGUGGACCUUGAGAUUGGCGACUCCGAUGGCACUCUGGACACUGUCGAGGAGGGUAUUCUAGAUCUUAUGGCUACGAAGAUGUCUGCGAUCCGUCUGGCCAGUGAGGCUGCCCGGACGGUGCUGAGCGUCGACCAAAUCAUUGUCUCGAGACAGGCAGGAGGACCCAAGCCUCCGCAGGGUGGAGGUGAUUGGGACCAGGACUAA